GGGAUAUCCACUGCUUUAUCCUUUUGUUAUCCUUUUGUUGAGAUCGCACUUUGUUAUAUAUCCCUCUGCACUAUCGAUCAGAAUAUAUCAGAAUAUAUCAGAAUAUAUCAGAAUAUAUCUGGCUGCUCUUCGAUUUCGUCUGAUUCAUUUGACCUAACUCUUCUCAUUUCGCUCAACUCAAUUCUCUUUUCCUCUCUACCCAUUUCCUUUCUGUCUAGUUCACACUGCGUCUGUCUCCCUAUUCUUCUCAUCUCCUUAUCUAUCCACCACCAUGCUUAGAACUGUAACAAAUCCCUUAAGAAGAUUGCCAAAUCUUGUUUCAGCUUUUACUGUCUUAAGAAAAUCUCCUUCAUGCCUCAACCGUAAUUAUGCUACAAUUGAAGCCAAAACCACCGAUGGCGAUGAUUUAGUCAACAUCACUUUGCCUCCAACUUCUUUCGAAGGUUACGAGUUGGAAGGCCCAGAUUUAACUUUUACCACCGAGAAAACAACUUUACUACAAAUGUAUAAAGACAUGAUCAUCAUCAGAAGAAUGGAAAUGGCUGCUGAUGCCCUAUAUAAAGCUAAGAAAAUCAGAGGGUUUUGUCAUUUAUCAAUUGGUCAAGAGGCCAUUGCUGUUGGUAUUGAAAACGCCAUAACUAAAAAGGAUACUGUUAUAACCUCCUACAGAUGUCAUGGUUUCACCUUCAUGAGAGGUGCUUCUGUUAAAGAAGUGUUGGGUGAAUUGAUGGGCCGUAGAUGUGGUGUUUCCUUCGGUAAGGGAGGCUCAAUGCACAUGUAUGCUCAGGGUUUUUACGGUGGUAAUGGUAUUGUUGGUGCUCAGGUUCCUUUGGGUACAGGUCUAGCUUUUGCUCACAAGUACAGAGGCGAAAAAAACUGCAACUUCACCCUUUACGGUGAUGGUGCUGCUAAUCAAGGACAGGUGUUUGAGUCGUUUAACAUGGCUAAGCUCUUUGACUUGCCAGUCGUCUACUGCUGCGAAAAUAACAAGUAUGGUAUGGGCACUUCUGCUGCAAGGUCUUCUGCCUUAACCGACUACUACAAAAGAGGUCAAUAUAUUCCAGGUUUAAAGGUCAAUGGAAUGGAUAUUCUAGCUACUUACCAGGCCUCCAAGUUUGCCAAAGAUUGGACCAUCUCCGGCAAUGGUCCUUUGGUAAUUGAAUUCGAAACCUAUAGAUAUGGUGGUCACUCAAUGUCCGAUCCUGGUACCACUUACAGAACUAGGGAAGAAAUCCAACACAUGAGAUCUACAAAUGACCCAAUUAAUGGUCUUAAAAACAAAUUGCUAGAAUUCAACAUUGCUUCUGAAGACGAAAUCAAAGCUUACGAUAAAGCUGCCAGAAAAUACGUCGACCAACAAGUUCAAGAAGCUGAUAACUCUCCUCCUCCUGAAGCCAAAAUGAGCAUUUUAUUCGAAGACGUUUAUGUUCCUGGUAGUGAGAUCCCUGUGUUAAGAGGUCGUAUCUCUGACGACUCUUGGGAUUUUGCAAAAGGUUCUUUUGUUUCGGAAAAUAGAGUCCAAUAGUUGUUUCAACCAUAACAACCAUACUAUAUUUUAAUGAUUUAUCCAAAAUUUGAUUUUU